CCACAGUUUCCCACAAAUUAAUGAAAUUAAUAGGUCCAUAUGCGGUAUUUAAUGAGGCUCAAAUGUACAGUAUUUCUGUGUGGUUUGAGCUUUAAAGGCUUUAAAAAGAGUCUGAAUCCUGAGAAGAUCUGAUCCGGCUUGCAUGAUGCGAAGCCAUGGUUUGAAAAACCGCCAUAGCGCUAAACAAGAUGGCGCAGAUUUCGUCUCCCGAAUCGCCUACUAAGUUGGCAAUAGACGAUGAGUACGAUAUCAUGCAGUAUUAUGUCGUAGACGGGGUGAGGUUACCCCCGUUUUGCAGAGGAAAGAUGGAAGAUGUGGCCACCUUCCCUGUAAGAAAAGAUGACGUGUGGAUUGUGAGUUAUCCGCGUGCAGGGGUGUGGCUACAGGACCUGAUCUAUCUGCUCCUAGAGGGGGGAGAUCUCAACACGACAGACCUGAGCCUGGAGUCCGUGGAGGAUUCCAUCCCCUUCCUGGAGGCCCCGAGCCCCGGGAUGGAGUUACUGAAGACGCUGCCCUCGCCCCGUUACAUCAAGUCCCACCUGCCAUACGGACUGCUGCCAGAGGGCGUCAGGAACAAAGAAUGCAAGGUGAUCUACAUUACCAGGAACCCCAAGGACGUAAUGUGCUCGUUCUAUGACUUCCAUCGCACUGUCCGCAUGGUGCACUACAAGGGCACUUUCCAUCAGUUCUUCUAUCGCUUCAUCAACAAUAAAUUGGGGUAUGGUUCCUACUUCAGACAUGUGUUGGAGUGGUGGGAACAGCGAAAGGACAACAAUUUGCUCUUCCUAAAAUAUGAAGAUGUCCGUCAGGAUAUCAGAUCUAGUAUUGAACAGCUGGCAAAUUUCUUAGAGCGACCUUUGACCCCGGCCGCACUGAAAAGCAUCUACACCCAUUUUGAGGAGGAUGCAAGAGCAUACACAUUGUUAGGAUGGAGCACGCAUACAAUCGAAAGACUUUUGGAGGAUCGUGUUGGGUAUUGGAAGUAUUACUUCACCGUCCACAUGAACGAGAAGUUUGACAAGUUACUACCAGAUAGACUACCUGCUAGCACAGGGCUGGACUUCCAGUACACGCUCUGAGCUG